GAUGAAAUCUGGUCCGGCUGAGCCAAGACAAGCCAAGCCCAGGCUACUGCGUGAAGUAUACACCUGUGGGGGAGGGUCGGAGGCCGAGCCGGCCGGCCCCCGGAACCAUACAAACAGUGUGCGCGUCACAAGCCAGUACGGCCGCCGCCACGACUCGUGACUCAGCCGGAGAGCAAUCAGCCAAGUAACACCUCGCAGCCGUCGGCCGCCGACACUGUCAACCACACUCACAGCGUGCUUGGCAGCAGACGCACUUUUAAUUAAACGGCCUCGCGACAUUUCUCCUGCCAUGACGGACACUGCAACUGCCCACGACGACGACUGACCGCCAUGGCCACAGCGACGACGGCCUCACCCGAAGCGGCGGAAAAGACGGGCGACGGCGCCCCGUCCGAGUCCUCGCCCAGCGACACCAACGAGCUGCCCCAGGAUCCAGCCUUUACCGCGUACAAGCGCAUCUUCAGCUAUGCCGGGCCCCUGGAAAAGGCCAUGCAGGCCGUCGCCAUCGUGGCCGCGCUCGCCUCGGGCGCCGGCAUCGCCUGCCAGAACCUCAUCUUUGGCAGCUUCAUCACCAACAUCACCGGCUUCGCCGUGACCGGCGUGUCCGGGGACGCCUUCCGCGCCUCCGUCUCGCAGCUGGCCCUCUACUUUGUGUACCUGGGCAUCGGCCGGCUCGUGCUGUCGUACGCGUACAACACGCUGCUCACGCACGCCGCCUACCGGGUGGUGCGCAACAUCCGGCACGACUACCUGCGGGCCGCGCUGCGCCAGGAGGUGGCCUUUUACGACUUUGGCACGGGCGGCUCCGUGGCGGCGCAGGCCACGUCUAACGGGCGCCUCGUGCUCGGCGGCAUCUCUGAGAAGUUUGGGCUCACGUUUCAGGGCAUCGGCGCCUUCGUCGCGGCGUUUGCGAUCGCUUUUGCCGUGCAGUGGAAGCUGACGCUCAUCUGCCUGUGCAUCCCGCCGGUGACGAUUGGCGUGACGGGCUUCGUGGCCGCGCUGGGGGCCAAGAUCGAGACGCGCGUGCUCGAGAUCCACGGGCAGGCCAACGCGUUUGCCGAGUCGGUCCUCUCGAGCGUGCGGACGACGCACGCGUUCGAGAUGCGGGAGCGCCUCGUGGCCCGCUUCGACAGCUUCCUGGCCGACGCACACGCCACGGGGCGGAAGCUCAGCCCGCUGUGGGCGGUGCUCUUCUCGACCGAGUACACCAUCAUCUAUCUGGGGUUCGGGCUGGCCUUCUGGCAGGGGGUCCGGAUGCUCGCGAGCGGCGAGAUCACCGAGACGGGCACCAUCUUUACCGUGCUGCUAUCCGUCGUCAUCGCCUCGGUCAACCUGACCAUCAUCGCGCCCAACGCCCUCGACUUUGGCAGGGCCGCCGCCGCCGCCGCCCAGCUCUUUGCCCUCAUCGACCGCGAGUCCAAGAUCGACCCGCUGCUCAAGACGGGGCUCGAGCCCGACGUCACCACCGGCCAUGUCCGGCUCGAGAACGUUACCUUUGCCUACCCGACCCGCCCGGGCGUCACCGUGCUCGACAACUUCAGUCUCGACGUCCCCGCCGGCAAGGUGACCGCGCUCGUGGGCCAGUCCGGCUCCGGCAAGAGCACCAUUGUCGGGCUGCUCGAGCGGUGGUACAACCCGGGCUCCGGGAGCAUCAAGCUCGACGGUGUGGCGAUCGAGGACCUGAACCUCCACUGGCUGCGCAGGAACGUCCGGCUCGUGCAGCAGGAGCCCGUCCUGUUCCAGGGCUCCGUCUUUGACAACAUCAACCACGGCCUGGUCGGCACGGCGUGGGAGCACGAGCCGCUCGAGGAGCGGAUGCGGCGGGUCGAGGAGGCGGCGAGGAUGGCCUUUGCCCACGACUUCAUCUUGGAGCUCCCCGGCGGAUACGACACCAACAUUGGCCAGCGCGGCUCCCUGCUGUCGGGCGGCCAGAAGCAGCGGGUCGCCAUUGCGCGCAGCAUCGUCUCCCAGCCGAAGGUCCUGCUUCUCGACGAGGCCACCUCGGCCCUCGACCCCCAUGCCGAGCACAUUGUCCAGCAGGCGCUCGACCGCGCCGCCGUCGGCCGCACCACCAUCGUCAUUGCCCACAAGCUCGCCACCAUCCGCAAGGCCGACAACAUCGUCGUCAUGUCCAAGGGCAGCAUCGUCGAGCAGGGCAGCCACGCGUCGCUCAUCGCCCACGACGGCGCCUACGCCCGGCUCGUCAGGGUGCAGGAUCUCGCUGUGUCUGCGGCGCCGACAGUUGCCGAGCCGGAGGAGGAGGAUGAGGAGAAGAAGACGGCCGCGGCGGCGGACGACCUCCAGCAGACCCUCACAAAGUACUCCACGGCGGUCCAGGACAAGCUCGCCUCCGGCACCCGGCGCGACGACUACGACCUCCACCAGCAGCGGGGCAUCGUCGCCAUGGUCUACAUGCUCUUCCGCGAGUCGCCCGAGAUCUUCUGGGUCGAGGUUGGCGUCCUGGUCUCGUGUGUGCUUGGCGCCAUGACCAUUCCCGGGCAGGCCAUCCUCAUGGCCAGCGUCGUCGACGUGUUUACGCUCACCGGCGACGCCAUGGUGCAGAGGGGCGACUUCUUUGCCAGCAUGUUCAUCGUCAUCGCGGCCGGCUGCCUGGUCGGAUACGGGAUGCUGGGCUACUUUGCCAACAUUGUCGCGCAGCACCUCUCGCACAAGUACCGCCGCCAGACCCUCGCCGACCUCCUCCGCCAGGACCUGCAGUUCUUUGACCGGCCCGAGAACAACACGGGCGCGCUCGUCAGCCGCCUCGACUCGAACCCGCAGUCCAUCCUCGAGCUCAUGGGGUACAACGUGUCCCUCAUCUUCAUCGCCGUCUUCCAGCUCGCCGUCUGCAGCAUCCUCGCCGUUGCCUACAGCUGGCGCCUGGGGCUGUGCAUCAUCGGCGCCGGUCUGCCCCCCUUGCUGGCCGCCGGCUACUACAAGAUCCGCCUCGACGCCAAGCUCGACCGCGACAACGGCAAGCGCUACGGCGCCUCGGCCGCCAUCGCCUCCGAGGCCAUCAACGCCAUCCGCACCAUGUCGUCGCUCGCCAUCGAGGAGUCGGUCCUCGCGCAGUACGUCGCCGAGCUCGACCAUGCCGUCCACGGGUCGGUCGUGCCCACCCUCUGGCUCAUGCUGUGUUUUGGUCUGACCCAGAGCAUCGAGUACUGGUUCAUGGCGCUCGGGUUCUGGUACGGGUGCACGCUGCUGUCGUACGGGACCAUCACCCAGACCGAGUUCCUCGUGGCGUUCCUGUCCGUCUUCUACGCCGGCCAGGCCUCGGCGCAGCUCUUCAUGUUCUCGUCGAGCGUGACCAAGGGCGUCAACGCGGCCAACUACACGGACUGGCUGCGCAGGCUGCAGCCCACGAUCGCAGAGAAGGAGACGGCAGCAGAGGUCACGGCCGACAGCAUCGCCCUCGACGGCGUGCGCUUCUCGUACCCGCUGCGGCCGGACGCGCAGGUCCUUCGCGGCGUCGACCUCGACAUCCGGCGGGGCCAGUUUGUCGCGCUCGUCGGCGCCUCGGGCUGCGGCAAGUCGACCAUGAUUGCCAUGCUCGAGCGCUUCUACGACCCGACGACGGGCACCAUCUCGGUGGGGGCGUCCCGCACCCCUAUGCCCGGCCUCAACCCCCGGCUGUACCGCCGGCAGGUCGCCCUCGUCCAGCAGGAGCCCACCUUGUUCCCGGGCUCCGUCCGCGACAACAUUGCCCUCGGCGUCGACACCACUUCCCCCGUGGACGACCUCGCCAUCGAAAAGGCCCUGCGCGCCGCCAACGCCUGGGAUUUCGUGUCCUCCCUCCCCGACGGCCUCGCCACGCCCACGGGCACCAGCGGCAGCCAGCUCUCCGGCGGCCAGAGGCAGCGCAUCGCCAUUGCGCGCGCGCUGAUCCGCUCCCCGCGGAUCCUGCUGCUCGACGAGGCCACCAGCGCGCUGGACACGGAAAGCGAGAAGAUUGUCCAGGCCGCGCUCGCCGAGGCAGCCGCGUCGGGUGGCGGCGUCGAGGGCAGGGUGACGGUCGCCGUGGCGCACCGGCUGAGCACGAUCAAAGACGCGGACGUCAUCUGCGUCUUCUACCAGGGCAAGAUUGUCGAGAUGGGCAGCCACAGGGAGCUCGUGGAGCUGGGCGGGAUGUACAGGAAGAUGUGCGAGGCGCAGGCCCUGGACUGAUUUAUGCAUCUUUUCUUUUGUAUUUGUGCGUUUGCUCAACUAUAGAUAAUGUAAUCGUUGGUCGCCAAGGGCCAGCAUUGUCGAGGCCGCCCCUUGUCAUGCGAAUGCUGUCGUAGAACAUCUGACUCUCCUUUGUGUCGGGUUGACGACCUAGACCGCACCCCGGCCAAUGUGCCAAGGAACAUUGUGUCGAAGAGAUUCGCGAG